UAUAUACCUGCCUUCAGCGUUGCUGGGGGAGCGUAAUUUGGCUCCCUAGUUGCAAACGACAGUGAAAGUGCCGCGAAGUUCAGAGGGGGGGGAAAUGGGUGUGUUGUACCAACAUUUUGGGGGGGAAAUGAGUGACGGAUCUAAUGUCAUCCACUCCAUGGCGUCCCCUUUCGUUUAAUGAACCUCGUUUAUCAUUUCAAUUAUAUUUAUUAUAUGGUUGCUGUCAUGCAUGCAGUGACAUUUUGGCUCAGAAGUUCAAUUACGCACUGUCGUAGUCGUUAAUUAGAAAAGGCUAUGCAAAAGCUCAUUGACAGUAAUGAAUAAUAAAAACCAAGCGCACAUAAAUCGUGCUCCGGUCCGCAAAUGUACAUGAACUUUUUUGGAGCUGGUAUAACAAACGAAAACAAAGACAUUUCCUCCAGAUGGUGGCCUAUUUUCAUUAACGAACGAAUAUAAUGAUUUUUUUACAUUCUUAAAGAUUGUCAGUAUAACAGAAGCAGCAAUUAAAAUAUCAUUUUGAGCCGCGACCUUAUAUGUCCGACAUGAUAUCCUUAUUUAAACGUUCACGAAUGAAUUAUAUAAACGAAGAAAACAUGCUUAAAGGGGUACAUUUUGGUCAAGAAAUCGUUUGUUGAAGCAUCAUUUCACACCGGAACAGACCAUUGAAAUGCCUCCUCUGACAUCCCUUUCACAGGCUAAUUCAUGCGCAGCUUUUACAAUUUACCCCACCCCACCCCCUCUAGCAGAGAUCCGCUCCUCAAGAAGAGGAAGUGAAGAACGCAUAGAACUGCAACGUCUCUAUUGAUUGCAAAGGAGCCUAGAGAUUUUUACAGAAACGUCUGCUGACUCUGCUCGCGUGAAGCGCACCACGGGGAGAAGUCAGGGGAAAACACCAGCCGUGGUCCGCCGAAAAGCGAUUAAAAUAGCCACAGCUAAAUUGUUCACAAGAAGCAACAGAGUUUUUUUUUUUUCUUUUUUUUUUUCUUUUCCGCAAAACGAUGGGGCUACAGUAACGGUACAGGUGGGGCUACCGAUUGGCUCAUUUUAGUCACAUGCAUUGAUUCAUAAGGACCAGGAGCAAUAGGAACUAGUUACAUUUAUAUUGCUAGCUGGUGAACGAGAAACAAACCGGGAAGUAGAAAUCCUGGCGUUUUUCCCCCUUGUGUUUUAAUUAUGUGGAUAAGAACGGGAUGGAUGAAUGAGACCCCCGAUUUUCCCUCUUAUUUGUUUGGGGAAAAGCCAAAAGACGCUGCAACGGGGAAGGAAUUAUCAUCUGAUGGAGUCUUUGUUUAGUUCUUUUAAUUUUUUGCUAGGUAGUUAUUUCCGCAGUCUGAAUUCCAGACACGUUUCGCCAGCGUCUUUUUAAUUCGAAUGUUUUCCCUUUUGUCGCAUGACAUGUAUUGUGGACCACUAACCUGGAAUGAAUUUAUCACCAUUCUGCAGCUUGAAGCGCACCUUGCGGGGAUUGUGUAACGUUCGAAUUUAAACUUUUUUUUUAAACAAAAAAUUCCACCUGCCACUUGGAAGACGGAACAUGCGGAAAGGAUGGGAUUAAACCAGAUUGGAGGAAAACUCAUUUCAUAAAUUAAGAACAAAACAAAAAUAUUUAACAAUUAUUUCAGUGAUUCGUUCAAGAGACUAUUGGCUGCUCCACACACAGGCAACACACACCGAUGCACAGUCGAAACUGGGAUAACAGUGUGUGUUGUGAUGCUUCUUCUCUCCGUUAUAUCUGAUGCCAGUUUGGAUUUUUGCUCUCGGAUCUAUAAGUUUCUAGAAUGGCCCGCUUUGGAGACGAUCCACCAGCCCGCUAUGGAGGCGGUAGUCCAGCUGGGGCAGGGAGAGGGGCAAGCCGGCAGGGAGGCCCCCCGGGCGGCCAGAGGAUGUUCAAGCAAUCGAAUAUGGCACAAAGAGCGAGGACAAUGGCCAUUUAUAACCCAAUACCCGUCAAACAGAACUGUUUCACAGUCAACCGGUCCCUUUUCAUCUUCAGUGAAGACAAUAUCAUACGAAAAUACGCAAAGAGAAUAAACGAAUGGCCUCCAUUUGAGUACAUGAUCCUCGCCACCAUCAUAGCGAACUGCAUUGUCCUGGCUCUGGAGCAGCACCUACCGGCUAAUGACAAGACCCCUAUGUCCGAGAGGCUGGACGACACGGAGCCCUACUUUAUUGGAAUAUUUUGUUUUGAAGCCGGCAUAAAGAUCAUCGCCCUGGGGUUCACGCUGCACAAAGGCUCCUACCUCCGAAACGGCUGGAACGUGAUGGAUUUUGUGGUGGUCCUGACCGGGAUCCUAGCCAAUGUUGGGGGUGGGGGGGACUUCGACCUGCGAACGCUGAGGGCAGUGCGUGUGCUGCGACCGCUCAAACUGGUGUCUGGAAUCCCCAGCCUGCAGGUAGUGUUGAAGUCCAUAAUGAAAGCCAUGGUUCCUCUGCUGCAGAUUGGGCUCCUGCUCUUCUUUGCCAUCGUCAUGUUCGCCAUCAUCGGUGUGGAGUUCUACAUGGGCAAAUUCCACUACACCUGCUUCAGGGUCAACACAGAUGAGCGUGUGGCGGAUUUCCCCUGCGGUCAGGAGGCCCCGGCGCGGACCUGCGAGAACGGCACCGAAUGCAGGGAGUACUGGAUCGGCCCGAACUUCGGCAUCACCAACUUCGACAACAUCCUGUUUGCCGUGCUGACUGUCUUCCAGUGCAUCACCAUGGAGGGCUGGGUGGACAUACUUUACAACGCCAAUGAUGCCUCAGGGAACACCUGGAACUGGUUGUACUUCAUCCCUCUCAUCAUCAUCGGAUCCUUCUUCAUGUUAAAUUUAGUUUUGGGAGUCCUGUCUGGGGAAUUUGCGAAGGAGCGUGAGCGUGUGGAGAAGAGGCAGGAGUUCCUGAAGCUGAGGAGACAGCAGCAGAUUGAAAGAGAGCUGACCGGAUACCUGGAGUGGAUUUGCAAGGCAGAGGAGGUGAUGCUGGCGGAAGAGGACAGAAAUGCGGAGGAGAAAUCCCCACUGGAUGGCGCGUGGUACAAGAGGAAACAGAACAACUCUGUGUUGAAAAGGGCUAAAGUAAAAAAGAGCAAGAAUGACCUCAUCAACGCCGAGGAGGGCGAGGACCACUUCACUGACAUCUCUUCAGUAGCUCCCCCAGGGUCGCCCUUCGCCCGCGCCAGCCUGAAGAGCAGCAAGAACGACAGCUCCUCCUACUUCCGGCGCAAGGAGAAGAGGGUGCGCUUCUUCAUCCGCCGCAUGGUCAAGUCCCAGGGCUUCUACUGGACCGUGCUGUGCCUGGUGGGCCUCAACACGCUGUGCGUGGCCAUCGUGCACUACGACCAGCCCGAGUGGCUCACCUAUGCACUCUACUUGGCAGAGUUUGUGUUCCUGGGCCUCUUCCUGACGGAGAUGACCCUGAAGAUGUAUGGGCUGGGGCCCCGGAACUACUUCCACUCCUCCUUCAACUGCUUCGACUUUGGGGUGAUUGUGGGCAGUAUUUUUGAGGUCAUUUGGGCAGCCGUCAAACCCGGGGCUUCCUUUGGCAUCAGCGUUUUGAGAGCGCUCCGCCUACUCAGGAUCUUUAAAGUCACAAAGUACUGGAACUCUCUGAGGAACCUGGUCGUGUCCUUGCUGAAUUCCAUGAAGUCCAUCAUCAGUCUCCUCUUCCUCCUCUUCCUCUUCAUCGUGGUGUUUGCUCUACUGGGCAUGCAGCUCUUCGGAGGACAGUUUAAUUUUGAUGAGGAGACCCCAACGACAAACUUUGACACCUUCCCUGCUGCUAUUCUUACAGUUUUUCAGAUUUUGACAGGCGAAGACUGGAAUGCGGUGAUGUAUCAUGGGAUUGAAUCACAGGGAGGAGUCCAAGGAGGGAUGUUCUCCUCCAUCUAUUUCAUUGUCCUCACCCUGUUUGGAAACUACACUCUCCUCAAUGUCUUCUUGGCCAUUGCCGUUGACAACCUCGCAAACGCACAGGAACUCACGAAGGAUGAAGAAGAGCAAGAGGAGGCGAUCAGUAAAAAGCUUGCCCUUCAGAAAGCCAAGGAGGUGAAGGAGGUUAGCCCUAUGUCAGCGGCUAACAUUUCUAUUGCAGCUUUUGUAAAGCAAAAUCGAGGUGCUCUAUCUCGCAGCUCGUCCAUCUGCAGCGUAAAUUCACCGGGUUUUGUCUACUCCCCUGCCCUUCACAUCUUAAGUAAAGAGCAGCAGAAGUCACUGAAGAUGAUGUCAGUGUGGGAGCAGCGAACCAGCCAGCUGCGGAGGCACAACCUGCUGGCGAGCAGCGAAGCUCUGUACAGCGAACUGGACCCCGAGGACCGGCUGCACCUGUCCUCCGCCCUGCGCCUCCGCCCCAACAUGAAGACCCACCUGGACCGCCCCCUGGUGGUGGAGCCCUGCGACUCCAACGGGGACCGGUCCAGGCCCGCCGAGGGCGAGGGGGGCACCCCGGAGGAGGGCGACGGCUCGGGAGAGCCCCCGCCCCCGCCCGCCCACCCGCGCAAGCACCACCGCCACCGCGACAGGCACUCGGGCGAGGAGGGGGAGAACGGCGAGGGCCGCCACCACGUCCACCACAGCCGGAGCAAGGAGCACGACGGCUCGCGCGGGAAGGGCGACCGCAGCCGCAGCCGGGAGGGGGGCCGGCGGCACCACCACCAGAGCUCCGUGGACGAGGGAGGGGGAGGGGGAGGGGGCGGGGGCGGGAGCGGGGUCGAGAAGGAGCACCACGUUCACCGUCACCACAGCCACCGGCAGCCCAAGGAGGGCAACGGGGUGGUCAACAACGGGGCCAAGGGCGAGCGCCGGGUGCGGCACAAGGACGGCUCGCGCUCCGCAAACCGGGAGGGCGAGAGGGCGGCGGGGUGCACCAAAGGGGAGAACGGGAGCAACGGCGAACGCAGGAGGCACCGCCCCCGUGGCACCAAGCCCCAAUCCGGCACAGAGGAGGAGCGACGCGAGAAUGGAGAGAAAGCAGAUGGGAGGGGCCACGUGCACCACAGGCAUACGGACACGGAGGGCGACCCGCAGGCCGUGACUCCCCUGCAGCCCCCCGGGGGUCAGCAGUGGCCCAAGCCGGAGGACUCGGACAACCAGAGGAACGUCAACCGGACCGGCCAGCUGGGCGUCAACACCAACACGGUCCACAUCCCGGUCACCAUCACUGCCCCGCCUGAGGACACCACCAUGAUCCCGAUGAACAACAUUGACUGCGAGACGCUGCCCAUGAACGAGGAGAAGAAGAACCUGGAUGACCUGACCCAGAAUGGACCCAGACCAAUCCUGCCUUACAGCUCCAUGUUUGUGUUUGGCCAAACAAAUCCGGUGAGGCGUCUCUGCCACUACAUGGUGAGCCUGCGCUACUUCGAGAUGUGCAUCCUGGUGGUGAUAGCCAUGAGCAGCAUCGCGCUGGCGGCCGAGGACCCCGUCCAGGCCAACGCCCCGCGCAACAACGUGCUCAAGUACUUGGAUUAUGUCUUCACGGGCGUUUUCACCUUUGAGAUGGUGAUUAAGAUGGUGGACCUGGGCCUGCUGCUCCAUCCUGGUGCCUACUUCAGAGACCUCUGGAAUAUUCUUGACUUUAUCGUGGUCAGUGGAGCGCUGGUGGCGUUCGCCUUUUCGAGCUUCAUGGGAUCGCAACAAAACGUCACAAGAGGGACCAAAGGCAAGGACAUCAGCACCAUAAAGUCCCUGAGAGUACUGCGUGUGCUGCGGCCUCUUAAAACCAUAAAGCGUCUGCCCAAACUGAAGGCUGUGUUUGACUGUGUGGUGAACUCCCUGAAGAACGUGCUCAACAUCCUCAUUGUCUACAUCCUCUUCAUGUUCAUCUUCGCCGUCAUCGCUGUGCAGCUUUUCAAGGGCAAGUUCUUCUACUGCACCGAUGAGUCCAAGGGGCUAGAGAAGGACUGCAGGGGUCAGUUCCUGGACUACGAUACAGAUGAGGUGACCGCCCAGCCGCGCGAGUGGAAGAAAUAUGAGUUUCACUACGACAACGUACUUUGGGCCUUCCUCACCCUCUUCACUGUGUCCACCGGGGAGGGCUGGCCCACGGUCCUGAAGCAUUCUGUGGAUGCGACCUUCGAGGACCAGGGACCCAGCCCUGGGUUCCGCAUCGAGAUGUCCAUCUUCUACGUGGUCUACUUCGUCGUCUUCCCCUUCUUCUUCGUCAAUAUCUUCGUGGCCCUCAUCAUCAUUACUUUCCAGGAGCAGGGUGACAAGGCUUUGUCUGAAUGCAGCCUGGAGAAGAAUGAGAGAGCGUGCAUCGACUUCGCCAUCAACGCCAAGCCCCUGACCCGCUACAUGCCCAAGAACACGCAGUCCUUCCAGUACCGCAUGUGGAAGUUUGUGGUGUCUCCGCCCUUUGAGUACUCCAUCUUGACCAUGAUUGCCCUCAACACCGUGGUGCUGAUGAUGAAGUUUCAUGGAGCCCCACCAUUCUACGAAGCCAUGCUGAAGUACCUGAACAUCGUCUUCACUGCCCUCUUCUCUCUGGAGUGUGUGCUCAAGAUCAUCGCUUUUGGUCCGCUUAAUUACCUGAAGGACGCCUGGAACUGGUUUGACUUUGUGACCGUGCUGGGAAGCAUAACCGACAUCUUGGUCACUGAGAUUAACACGAACAAACUGAUCAAUCUGAGUUUCCUGAGGCUGUUCCGGGCCGCGCGUCUCAUCAAGCUGCUGCGGCAAGGCUACACCAUCCGCAUCCUGCUCUGGACCUUCGUCCAGUCCUUCAAGGCCCUGCCUUACGUCUGCCUGCUCAUCGCCAUGCUUUUCUUCAUCUACGCCAUAAUUGGCAUGCAAGUGUUUGGUAAUAUUGAGCUCAACGAGGAUACGGGUAUCAAUCACCAUAACAACUUCCAAACCUUCCUUCAGGCCCUCAUGCUGUUGUUCAGGAGUGCCACGGGGGAGGCAUGGCAUGAGAUAAUGCUGUCCUGUCUGAGCCACCGCGCCUGUGACGAGCGGUCGGGCGCCAUUGGCAAGGAGUGCGGCAAUGACUUCGCCUAUUUCUACUUCGUCUCCUUCAUCUUCCUCUGCUCCUUCCUGAUGCUGAAUCUGUUCGUGGCUGUCAUUAUGGAUAACUUUGAAUACCUGACCCGGGACUCCUCAAUCCUGGGGCCUCACCACCUGGACGAAUUCAUCCGCGUCUGGGCGGAGUACGACCCUGCAGCCUGCGGCCGCAUCAAGUACCUCGAUAUGUACGAGAUGCUGCUGCACUUGUCCCCUCCCUUAGGUUUGGGAAAGAAAUGUCCGCCAAGAGUCGCCUACAAGCGGCUGGUGAAGAUGAACAUGCCCAUCGCAGACGACAACACGGUUCACUUCACCUCCACCCUGAUGGCCUUAAUCCGCACCGCUCUGGAGAUCAAGCUGGCCUCCGGGAUGGUGGCUCAGCGUUUGUCUGAUGCUGAUCUGAAGAAGGAGCUUUCCACUGUCUGGCCAAACCUUUCCAAGAAGACUCUGGACCUGCUGGUGACGCCACAUAAACCCAAUGAGCUGACAGUGGGGAAGGUGUAUGCAGCUCUUAUGAUCUUUGACUACUACAAGCAGAAUCGCGCACGGAGACUGCAGCUGCUGCAGCAACAGCAGGCGGCCGGCGGGACCCAGAGUAAGGUAGUUGGUGCCAUCUUUACACCCAUGCUGCCACUGGCACCCAUACAGGGCGAGGAGAUGGCGCUGAGCAGCAAGACGUCACCGUCAGAGCCCCACCCCCAGCCCUGCCCACCGCCUGGCUCCACCUCCCUUAACAACGGGGGUGCUGUUCAAGGCCAGCAGGGCGGCACCACCAAAGACUCCCGGGUCACAGACAAACCCCAGGAAGUCCAGCGGCCAGGGGGCAAACGGACAGUGCCGCGGGGCCAAUCAGAGGACAUUCCUAAUUCAGCCAGAGCUCAGGAGCUGGAGAUGAAGAAGAUGCACCACAGUGCCAAUGCAGGGAACCCGUCUGGUCUGGAGAGCCAGGGACGGGCAGCAUCCAUGCCCAGACUCAAUGCAGAGAUGCAGCGGAGCCAGUCUCGAUUCUCCCCGGGGACAUUCCUCUCACCGAUCCCUGACUCCAGUCCGAUGAAGCGCUCCGUGUCCACCCUGGCCCCUCGGCGCCACCCGGAGGCCAGUCUGCAGGACCCCGCCCCGGAGAGGCCAGCCCAGGAAAGGCCUCACCAUCACCACCACCAUCACCGCUGCCAUCACCGCAGGGACAAGGACAGGAAGCAGCGAUCGCUGGACAGGUCAUCCAACGGGCCGCCCUCUAGCGCUGCAGGUACCCCAGGCGACGUGACUGGGGACCUGGUACCGCGGGAGCGGGUGCACGACCGAGGCCGCUCCCACGAGAGGAAGCACCACUCGUCGUCCGCGGAGAAGCAGCGGUACUACUCCUGCGACCGCUACGGCAGCCGGGAGCACUGCCACACCAAGUCCGCCACCGCCAGCCGCUCCACCUCCCCCAGCGACGGGCAGGACCUGGGCCUCAACAAGCAGGGCAGUGGUUCCGCUAAAGGGAGCCCCGCGACGUUGACCUCGGGGGCGAGCACCCCCUGCCGAGGGCGCAGGCAGCUCCCCCAGACCCCCCUGAUCCCCCGUCCCGCUGUGGCCUACCGGACCGCUAACUCCUCCCCCGUGCAGUUUAGCCCCGCCCAGGGGGGCCCGCACGCCCUGUGUCCCGGCAGGAUGAGCCGCGGGCGUUCGGAACACAAUGCCCUCCUGCGCAGCGACACGGACUCGCCCUCGCCCGUCACCCGCAUCGGCUCCGACCCCUCCCUGGGGUACAGCGACGGGCGGGGCAGUCUGUACUACACUCUGCCCGAGGAGGCGGGGGUUUUCCAGGACGCGCUGAGCUUCCCCGCCGGGCGCCCCCCCCGGACCGCCACCCCUCACCUGCCCCCCCCGCCCCAGCAGAGCCGUGCAGUGCCCAACGGAUACCACUUCACCCUGGGCAUUGGCUCGGGCGCCCGUACGCCCAGGCACUACCAGGGCAUAGAGGAGGACGACUGGUGCUAGCAUGGCUUUAACACCCACACACACACGCACACGUGCAAACACACACGUACACACACUCGCAGACACACAAAAUGCAGGCAUGCACGUGCAUAAGCAUGCAUGCAUACACAUACACAUAUGGGAAAAUGCAAGUUCUUACAAAUUUUUAAGAAUGCAUUUUUGGGGAAGAAAACAGGAUGAGUUUUAUCAUCUCCCUGAAAGUGGUAGUUUACACAGUUUUUGUGGAUAUGUGUGUGCAUGUGUGUGUGUGCGUGUGUGUGUGUGUGUAGUAUGUGUGUGCGCGUGCGUGUGUGUGUGUCGAUGCAUGUGUAUACGUGUGUGUAUUCGCACAUGCAUGCACAUGUUUUAACUGAAGAGGCAAGGAAUGAAAAAUGUAUGAGAAAAGUAUGAGAGUAUGAGAAAAGGAAACUGCUGUUCUGAAUUUUGGAUUUUGACCUGAACUGCAGAAGCGAUUUCAAUUCUUUUGAAGGAAAAUUUGUCGGCAGGAAAAGCCGUCUCUCGUUUUGUCUUUUUUUUUAUUUUUUACGUUUUUUCUUUUUGCACUAAAGACAAGUGGCAUUUGACAGAUGAAAACAACACAGACAUGAAUACUGCAAAGUAGUGUCUUAUACUCUGGCUGUGGCGAGUAGAACUGCAAUGGAAAUAUGCCAAAAUCUCCUCUCACAGUAUGUGGGGAAACAGUGACCCCUGCUGAAGGUUGUCCGUCCUGCGCACUGGGGAUGUGAACGAAGUAGCCUACUUGACAAGCGAUGUCAGAUGAAGGGAAGAAGGAGGAGGAGGUGCCCACGGUCGCUGUUUUUAUAUUUAACCCGCGACGACGACUUCGUCUUUCCAAGGGGGCCUUCGAAUGCAGACGAUUGUGAGACUGACGGAAAAUGCACUAAUCUCUCGUCCUCCAUUUCUCUCAGCUUUUAGCAUUUUACCAACCAAGAGCUACCGUGUGUGUAAACCUCAUUACGACAUGUUACAGUUAGGGUGCAGGCGGAAAUGUCUUUAAGUUUGGAUCAAUUAUAUUUAAACUGAUGAUUGUUCAUUUUGCUGCUCUUUUAAACAUGCCUCGCAAAACAUCAUCACUGCUUGUGACCUUAAGAAGAAAGGAAGAAGGGACGUGAAAUGUACUCGUUUUACUUUUUAUCAGGCUAUGGUAGAAGAACUUUUAUCUUUUCAUUGUGUGCAAUUUUGUAAAAAAAAAAAAAAUUUCAAAAAAAGCUGCAUUUUAUGUAAAUUGCUUGCAGUUCACUCUCAUGUCAGGUCUACUGUUUCCUACUGAUGGCUCCAGUUCUUUAUUACCAAGUGCCUAACCUUUUAAAUAUCUUGUAGUAAAGAUGCAACCUCAACCCCUUUUUCCAUGCAUCAACACUUAAGAGAAGGAGGUGUGUAGACUGAUAUGUGUGAGACAUCUGUAUUAACCAUGUUAGAUAAUACAAGGUCUAAAGCUGUAGGCAGAGAAGUAUACAAUUUCAGAUUUUUUAAAUAAGAGGACUUGGAAUUUCUUAUCAUAUUUUAUUUGACCUUUUCCUGAUAAUGAAUGGGGAAAACAACUCUAGUGCAAAAAAUAUAUAUGGAUAUAUAUAUAUAUAUAUGAAUAGUAAACAAUAUGAAAACUGCAUUAGUUGUAUAUCUGUCCAGCAGAGACAACGUAACCAGAGUAACACAAUUGCAUGUUUGAGUCUUUAAACUUGGUUGUCAAAAGGUUAUGAACACAUAGUAACGGUGUAUAUUUCUUUUUCUUGUAAGGGUACACGAAGAAAGCAUUGCUAGCUAUUGCCUUUUAUGUAAAUGUUAUGGAGGGUAAAGGAUUUGAUGUUUUAAAAAGUAUGCAUUUUGUGAUAGAUGUGCACUUUGCAAUGAAAGUGUGCACUGCCAGGUAAAAGGGUGCACUUUUCUAGUGCACGUUGUAGUGAAUAUGUGUCCGUUGCAGUAAAAGUGUGCGCUGUGAGGUAAAAAAAGGCGCACUUUUCCGGUAUAAGUUGGCAUUUUGCAGUGAAAAUGUACACUUUGGGGUAGCUGUGUACUUUUUGCUAAGAGCGUAUGAAGAAGAAGAGAAAGACGCAGAGCCCUGGUGGAAGUUUGUGUUGUCAAGGCCCUGACACCAACUUACAAGUGUCCUGUGUUGUGCUGGCAGGUUCACAAGCCCUGCCCCUUGCAUUACACACAGGUUUAUUUUCCAGAGGGUCCUGCCUCUGACCACUGUCAGCUUUUACAGAAGAAUGGUCAGCACCUUAUUAUCACACCUGGAACCUGAGUGAUGUUUGUAUGUUGACCAUUAAAACGCUGUUAAUUUAACACUGUGGUGUCCCAUUAAACACCUGUCUUUAAAAGUGUAGUCUGCUUCAGAUCAAAGAUUGAAUACGGUAGCCUCACUGAGUCCAAGUCUUCUUGUGGCAUGUCGAAAUGUGUAAUUCUCUGUGCUCUGGGAGCGGGGGGAUAGGAUAUGUGUUGGUUCUUUCCACAUCUCCUGUUUUUUCCUUCUCUAAUUAGGGUGCCACAUUUUUACUAAUAACCGCAUGGCGCCGACUGCUCUGCUUCACUCUACAGGUUGAGGUCAAAUUGUAGCUGCUGCCAAUCAUUAUUUUUAGUCCAUUGCUAUUGGUCCUGGUGAGAGGGGUGGAGCUAGGUGCUGUCAUGACAUCACGACAAGCUUGACAGGGCUCUGUAUGUCUCCAGCAGUAGGGUUUUUGACUAUUGUGAGAGCAGGGCUAUGCAACAUGACGACACUUUUGAAAAAUAAAUCUUCAUCCUUUCUGUAGCUUUACCUGCUGGGAUCUCCAGAUUCAGGCUUCAGCAUGAUUGUGACCAAAUCUUUUAUAUAUAAAAAAAACUCUGAAAAAAUCUAUGAAAAAAUAUAUAUAUUUUAAAAAAUGCAUAAAGGCACAAUGAAUUAAAGAGAAAAAAAAACAAUGAAAAAUUAACAGGACAUUCGUAGAAAAGUUCUGCAAGUUGGUAUAUUUGAAAACUGCAUGCCACAGAUGUACCUGCUUUACAGCUUCAAAGAGUGGGAGGAAAGAGUGAACUUCUCAGAAUGUUAAUCACCCAGUUUGGGAAUAUACGAUGGUUCGAAGGAUGUGCAUUAGUAAUUGGAUUACAGAUGUGUAGCACCUUUUGGUUUGGUUAUAAGACUGACUCAAUUAUUUUUCACCCAAACACUACUGCCCCAUGUUGCCGUUGCAGGGCAGAUAUCGAUACGUUAGAAUUUAUGUGAAACGUCUUCAUCCAUUGCAGCCUCUGUAUUGUUUUUUAAAAAAAAGAUUUCCUCCCCAGAAUCCUUCAGUCAGUUGCCAAACGUUGAACUUCUACAAUCUGUCUCUGCACACCAGUUCCAGUUUAGAUGUGGCCGUACAUGGAAAAAAGUAAUGUUUGCAUGUUGAAAAUGUAUGUGCAUGUAAAAAAAAGAAAUAUUGUUCAUCUUCGUACUUUUUUGAUACAAUGUAAUCAUUUUGUUGUUAAUUUUUAAUAUUUGAUAUGAAUAAGGGGGUUUGUGGAAAAAAAUAUCUUUAUAUUUAAAAAAACAGUGUUUGGCGAUAUUACAGGUUCCGCGUUUGCAACAGAGCUGGAACUGAAUUUAUUUGGGUCCUGGGAGUUGUUUGCUGCCUGAUUUCGGUUUAUUGGUCAGACUUUGAAUUCUGCAGUUGUUUCUACAGUUAAAAUUUUGUAUGAAGCGAAGUCCUUGAACUAAAAUAAAAACAUAAAAGAGAAAAUU